ACAGUCUGCCUAUUGUUUCUGUUUCUCUGUCUCAACAAAGAACUCUGGUUCUUCGCUUCAUCUUCAUCCAGUUUUCUCUUUCAUCUUCAUAAAAAAAUGGAUUCAGUAACUCUAAUCUGUACUGCUGGUUUCAUAAUCGCUGGAGGAUUAUACUGGUUCGUUUGUGGUUUUGGAUCAGCAGAAGUGAAAGGAAAAAGAGGUAUAGAUCUAUCAGGAGGAUCAAUAUCAAGAGAAAAAGUUGAAGAUAAGUAUAAACAAUACUGGUCAUUUUUCUUACGUCCUAAAGAAAUUGAAAAACCUGAUAAAGUGCCUGCUUUUGUCGAUACUUUUUAUAAUCUUGUUACUGAUAUUUAUGAAUGGGGUUGGGGUCAGUCUUUUCAUUUUAGUCCUUCAAUUCCUGGGAAAUCACAUAAAGAUGCAACAAGAUUACAUGAAGAAAUGGCUGUAGAUCUAAUCAAUGUUAAAUCUGGUGAUAAAAUAUUAGAUGUUGGAUGUGGUGUUGGUGGUCCAAUGAGAGCUAUUGCUUCUCAUUCUAAAGCUAAUGUUGUUGGUAUUACUAUUAAUGAAUAUCAAGUUAAGAGAGCCAAGGCUCAUAAUCAGAAAGCUGGGUUGGAUUCAUUAUGUGAAGUUGUUUGUGGUAAUUUUCUUAAAAUGCCAUUUGGAGAUAACACUUUUGAUGGUGCUUAUUCAAUUGAAGCUACAUGCCAUGCUCCUAAACUUGAAGAAGUUUAUUCUGAGAUAUUUAGGGUUUUAAAACGUGGAUCUAUGUAUGUAUCUUAUGAAUGGGUAACAACUGAUAAGUACGUUGGGGAAAAUUCUGAACAUGUUGAAAUCAUUCAAGGAAUUGAAAGAGGUGAUGCUUUACCUGGGUUAAGAAGUUAUGAUGAGAUUUCUAAAAUCGCUAAAAAAGUUGGGUUUGAAAUUGUGAAAGAGAGAGAUUUAGCUAGACCACCAUCAAAUCCAUGGUGGACAAGGUUGAAAAUGGGCAGAUUUGCUUACUGGAGGAAUCAUUUGGUGGUUACUGUGCUUUCUGCUUUGGGGAUUGCUCCUAAAGGAACUGUUGAUGUUCAUGAGAUGUUGUUUGUAACUGCUGAUUACUUAACUAAAGGUGGUGAAACUGGGAUUUUUUCACCAAUGCAUAUGAUUCUCUGUAGAAAACCAGUUUCUAAUUAGAGAAAGAAGGUCAUCAGAAACAUAGUUCAGCAGGAGGGAGGAGAGUGAAGUGAAUCAGUUAUUAUUCUACUGAGGCAGGUGGUUUGUGUAGUAUGAAGUUAUGAACUGAUAUCCAAUAAAGGAGAUGUUUCUGCUUGGUACCAAAAGAAACAAAUAUUCCCAUGAGAUG